UUCCCUUAGCUGUGCUUUUGUGUUUUGUCAGAAUUAAUGAGAAAAGUUCCCUUGCCCUAGGGGUAAUUAGUGUCCUUGGAGUUAAAUAAGCUAAUACUUAGACACCUCUGGCACAAGCAAUUAUGUUUGUGUAUUGAAUAAUUGAUUCAAAGAGGGGGGAAGGGCUGCUAAUCAGAUCUGAGCAUAAUGAAUUGAUUUAAUUAACAGGGGAAUCCGAGGGUCUCUGGAAACUGCGCGCAUUUAUUCAGUGGCAGCAGAGGCGAGCGCGGCACAUAAACUGGGAGAGAGGCGGCGCGAGUUUGCUUUUAGCAGUUGUCAGAUUUGCAAUUGGAUUUGUUUGAAUAUAGUUGCUGUUUGGGAGCAAAUGAGAAGGAGAAAGGGAGAAUAUUAACAGCGAGGAGAGCUCAGCCGAUCAGUCUGAGCGUCUGAUCCCACCGUGUGUGCACAUUUUACAGACAGGCGACACUAGAUUUACAUCGCUUUUCAUUGUUUUGCCUUUUUUUUUUUUCCUCCCGUCUCUCAUUCGCAUGGAAUUUAUCAAGAGCUACCAGCGCUGUUUGAUCGCCGCUUAUUCGCAUCACAGUUCAGCCCGUUUAGGGGAUUCUCGCCGCGUUUAUCGCCGUAUUCCGAGUUAUUAUUGAUAGGAGGGAGAAAACGUGCAGACGGCAAUUCAUCUUUCCAGGGUUUUUUCCCCCCUCUUUCUUUCUUCUUAUUCUUUUUUUUUUUUUUCUUUGGUUGGUUCAUCGAGGCGUAGUCUAGUCAGCCGCGCGUUUCAAAGCCGUUUCCAGGAGCAGCUCCGAGCAGACCGAGCGGCGCAGCCUGCAGGAGCCGAGGACGGAUCGCCCGGGGAAGGACUCCUCGUUCCUCAGGACGAUGGUGUUGGACAAGGAAGAGGGUGUGCCGAUGCUCUCCGUCCAGCCCAAAGGGAAACAGAAGGGGUGUGCUGGCUGCAAUCGCAAGAUUAAAGACCGCUACCUGCUCAAGGCCCUGGACAAAUACUGGCAUGAGGACUGUCUCAAAUGUGCCUGCUGCGACUGCCGCCUGGGGGAGGUGGGCUCCACCCUCUACACGAAAGCCAACCUCAUCCUGUGUCGCAGGGACUACCUGAGGCUCUUUGGUACAACGGGGAACUGUGCAGCCUGCAGUAAACUGAUCCCAGCCUUUGAAAUGGUGAUGAGAGCCAGAGAUAAUGUUUACCAUUUGGACUGUUUUGCCUGUCAGCUUUGUAACCAGAGGUUUUGCGUGGGGGACAAGUUUUUCCUUAAAAACAACAUGAUUUUGUGUCAAAUGGACUAUGAAGAGGGCCAGCUGAACGGGAGCUUUGAGACACAGGUUCAAUAGUGGGAACCUCAUGGCAGCAACAAUCGACUCCACACUUUCCACGCGAGAUGGAUGUUCUGCUGCACUUGGGAAAAAAAAAAAAAAAGACAAGCGUCUGUCUGCUUGCCUGCAAUACUUUUUAAAAAACCCCUUUAUCAGUCCCGAAGGACUUUAUUGUAAAUGUUCAACUUUUUGCCCCUCCCACACCCCCCAACACUGAGCAGUUACAAAUUUUGAUGUACAGUUGUGCCUGCUUAGCUGAACACUGUAUUGCUUGUAUGUUUUGUGAAAUUUGUUUCAGGUUUGGUUUCUUUUUCUUUUAGAAAUGGUUCACUGGAGGGUAUGUACAGUCUGUUUUCUCUGUAUAUAUAAACUGGAACAUUUAUUUUAUGAAAUGUAAUGCAAUUUUAUUACUAGUGUGAAUUAAAGAUUCUUAAAUGUUCAUAGUGAGUUUUUUCUCUUACCAAAACCAAAGUUGUUGGAGGUUGGUCCAUGUGUUGAUAUGUAAUCAUGUAUUCAAAAGCUGCAGCGUGAG